AUGAACCGCUUCCGCAAAUGGCUUUACAAGCCAAAGCGAACUGACCCGCAGCUCUUGGCCCAGUUCUACUUUGCCGAUGAGGAGCUGAACCUGGUGGCCACGGAGCUGGACAAUCUGGACGGGCGCAAGGAUCCUCAAAGAUGUACGCUGCUGGUCAAUCAGUUCCGAUCGUGUCAGGAUAUUGUGCUCACCAUCAUCAAUCAAAUCAUGGAUGAAUGUAUCCCUAACGACCGGGCCAACCGGGACUUCUGUGUCAAGUUCCCUGAGGAAAUCCGCCAUGACAACCUGGCAGGGCAGCUGUGGUUUGGGGCUGAGUGUUUGGCUGCUGGCUCCAUCAUCAUGAAUAGGGAGAUAGAGAGCAUAGCUAUGCGGCCAUUGGCUAAAGAUCUGACACGCAGCUUGGAGGAGGUUCGCAAUAUCACCAGGGACCAGGCCCUCAGGGACCUCAACUUCUACACUGACCGCAUGAAGGAUGCAUUGCGGCAUUUUGACAGCCUUUUUGCUGAGUUUGAACUCAGUUAUGUGUCUGCCAUGGUGCCUGUGAAAUCUCCCAAAGAGUACUAUGUGCAGCAGGAGGUGAUGGUGCUGUUCUGUGAGACCGUCGGCAGGGCCUUAAAGCUUGGCUACCUCACGCAAGACAUGAUCGACGACUACGAGCCUGCUCUAAUGUUCACUAUCCCCAGACUAGCUAUAGUGUGUGGCCUUGUAGUGUUUGCAGAAGGACCUCUAGACUUGGACCGGAAAUCUGAGGACAUGUCUGAACUCUUCAGGCCGUUUCGCACCUUACUGAAGAAAAUUAGAGACCUGCUGCAUACACUGAGUGAAGAGGAGCUGAUUACAUUGGAAAGAAACCUGUGCAUUUCUCAGGAUGGAGAACUGCCUAUUCCUCAGACUCUGGCAAUGAGCACAACACCAGUCCCCAGUCAGGAUUCUCCUACCAAUAAUGAGAGCUCAAAGGAGGACAGCAAAAGUGAUCAAGAGGACAAGCCUGUUUUUGUGUGUGCGGGUCCAGAACUGGCGCAGGUGGAACGAGGCUGGGAGGAGAGUGAGGGCUCCGAGCCAGAGCAGGGGCUUCUCUGUGAGGAGGCAGAGGAAGCCGAGCUGGCCUGCUCCAUGCAGUAUGAUGAGGAGGAGCUGGAACAGCUCAAUAUGAUGGUCCACCGUGUGGGAGACGAGAUGUCCACUCUACUCUCCCCUCCCAGUCAGGAGCAAUCACCAGCUCACCAGCCCUACAGAGACGCAAGGGGCAGUGGCUCAAGCACAAAUACUUCUCCACACAGACCUCUACACUGUCGGGAUAGGACUGCUCAGGAGGAGGAGGACAGAGUGUUCUUUAUGGAAGAUCUGGAUGCAGCUCUUUCCAAAGAGUGUGUUUGUCUGGCUUCAACCUCCCCUACUCCCAAUGGAAUCCCACAGCACAAGCCUGUACAGGUAAAAGGCCCAGUGGGGAAUGGCUGUCACUCUGUGUCAGAGCAGCCCAGCAGCCACCUCUCUCAUGAGCUUUGUGUAAAACCUCCCACAUCUGUCCCCGGCUCUCAACCCACACCCUACACCAACGGCUGGGAGCUAGAAGGCUGUGUGCCUGAGACCGCAGAGGUCAUAGCUCACCGCAUGGGAGGCAUGAAGCUCUCUGCCACCGUCAUCUUCAACCCUCACACCUCGAGUCUCACAGAACUGGCUGUGGACAAGUUAUUGCCUCGAGCUGCCCCCUCUGACCUAAAUGCCUGCGGACCCCUAGUGGCCACUCAUUGUCUUCUGAACUCCUGCGUGUGCUGUGGCAGCUGUGAGGACCAUGAAGACCCCAUCAGCUCAGAAAGCUCUGGGCCUGGCUUAGCUCUUGCUCUUGGGUUGGACAAACAUUGCAAAACAUCAGCAGUGGCCUCUAAUGCUGUGAUCCAGUCUUCUGCUUGCAGACUGCCUCCUCAGUCAUGCAAGCCUUACUGUGCACCAGGGAGGGUCCCACUGACCCCACAGCCUGCUCGCUGCUCUGACAGGCUCCUAGAAGAAGAGGAGGGCCCUCUUUGUGACAAGUGCCUGCUGGUGUUGCACGACUGUAACGAGGGGGCUAGGACUGAACAGAAAGUUGGAGCCUGUGGAGCUCAAGAAAUGGAAAAGGAGGACGAGCCGAGCCGAGCCAUGAGUAGAGAGCUCAGGAGAGAACUUAAGGAUAGCAGCCGGAAGAGCAGUUUUCAGCCAUCUCCCCUCAGCUCAGUGUCUGAUAGUGACUGUGAGAGUGUGUCCGUCACCUCUUGUAGUCUGUCCAGCAGUGUCUACAGUCCAAGCCCUGUGAGCAGCCUGACCCUCAGCUCCAACACUUCUGAUGAUGCAGACCACAGGGACACCUCACUGACCCUGCCCAGCACCAAACUGGCAACGAGGAACAAGAUCCGCUCCCGCUUCCACAGCAGCAGCGACCUCAUCCACCGGCUCUUCGUCUGUAUAUCAGGAGUGGCUGAUCAGCUGCAGACUAACUAUGCCAGUGACCUUCGUAGCAUCCUCAAGACUCUUUUUGAAGUUAUGGCAACAAAGACUGAAGAAGGCGACAGCAGCAAGCAUAAAGGUCCAGUUCUGUGCAGUGCUGAGUUAGAGGAUUGUGCCCUGUGUCAGGAAAGCAUUUCAUCCUCUGAAAUGGCAGCAAAGACCAGAGAUGGUCAGUUUGACGACCCUCCAGACUGGGUUCCGGAUGAGGCAUGUAACUCUUGCAUUGCAUGCAAAGCCCCCUUCACUGUUAUCAGAAGAAAACACCACUGCAGAAGUUGUGGAAAGAUCUUCUGUUCUCGCUGUUCCUCUCAUUCAGCUCCUUUACCCAGAUAUGGUCAAGUCAAGCCAGUGAGAGUAUGCACACACUGCUACAUGUUUCACGUCACCCCCUUCUACAGCGACAAGGCUGGCAUCUGA